CAAUAACUUCACUAUCGUAAGUCGGCACUGCUAUCAUACACGACCGAACGAAAGAAAAAAUUAAUUAGAUCUAUCUGCUGCUAUCUGAUUAAUUUUUACUUUUCUAUUAAUUUGAAAAGGUGGACCACCGCAAUAAACAAUCAAAGUACUAAUGGCGGCUUCGGCGAGAACACUAUUAAAAUUGCGAGACACCUUCUCAGCAGGUGUACGCUUCAGUUCCGAAUAUGCCAAAACUCGCGGUAACUUGCAAUUAACAGCUGAUUCGCGUGUUAUAUGCCAGGGAUUUACCGGUAAACAGGGUACCUUCCACAGUCAGCAAGCUUUGGAGUACGGCACUAAACUCGUUGGUGGAAUUUCGCCCAAAAAGGGCGGCUCUACACAUCUUGGCCUACCGGUGUUUGCUUCGGUCGCCGAAGCGAAAAAAGCCACUGAUCCUCACGCUACUGUUAUCUAUGUGCCACCACCAGGAGCAGCUGCCGCUAUCUUGGAAGCUCUGGAAGCUGAAAUCCCAUUGAUAGUAUGUAUUACCGAAGGAGUGCCCCAGCAUGAUAUGGUGCGCGUAAAGCAUGCUCUCUUAAGGCAAAACAAGUCACGUCUUGUAGGACCAAAUUGUCCUGGAAUCAUUGCCCCAGAAAGAUGCAAGAUUGGCAUCAUGCCUGGUCAUAUUCACAAGCGUGGCAAAGUUGGUGUUGUUUCACGUUCUGGUACACUCACUUAUGAAGCCGUGAAUCAGACUACUGAGGUUGGCCUUGGGCAGACACUGUGUGUUGGUAUCGGUGGAGAUCCGUUUAACGGUACCGACUUCAUCGAUUGUCUCGAAAUCUUUUUGAAAGAUCCUGAUACCAAAGGUAUCAUUUUAAUUGGUGAAAUUGGUGGCGUUGCUGAGGAGAAGGCUGCCGAAUAUUUAACUCAAUAUAAUACGGGCAUUAAAGCGAAACCCGUUGUAUCGUUUAUUGCCGGUCUAUCUGCGCCACCUGGUCGUCGUAUGGGUCACGCUGGUGCCAUCAUUUCCGGUGGUAAGGGCGGUGCUGGUGACAAGAUUAUAGCUCUCGAAAAAGCUGGAGUUAUCGUGACCAGGAGUCCAGCACAAAUGGGCAAGGAAUUGUACAAAGAGAUGAAACGUCUGGAGUUGGCCUAGAAUUUAAUGAAAGGCUAGAAAGCAGCAGCAUAAGUCAACACUUCAACAGUUGUUAAAUAUUUAAAUUUUAUUAGAACGAUCAAUAAGUAAAAAAGUUAAAUAUAAAAUGUGACAGCCUUGAAAGAUGCAGAGUGAGACAAGUUGGACCGAUAAAAUCAUAAAAGUAUAUUAUAAAAUUACGAUACGUAAAUUAAAAUAAUAUAAUUGCAAAACAAACAAAAAAUAUAAACUAAUGCAAAACAUUUCCAUUUACUAAUUACUGCCGAAAGUAAAAUGCGAAAAUUGUCAAAUCAAGAAAACAGUUGCCACAAUAAAUAAAUACGUAAAGUAAAAGAACAAAAUAGUGAAUAUUACCACCAAAAUAAUAUACUCGGGCACGAGCCUCUAGGUUUAUAAUAGAAAAUAAAAUCAUUUCUUAUCACUUUGCACUCUCUCUCUCUCUCUCAAAUAAAUGCACUAAAUGCACAGAACUUAGGUACAUGCACUGCACUUAACGCUUACCAAACAUAAGCGAUAGUUAAGAAAUUGUUUGCCUAAUGUAAUAUUUUUAUUUAGAUAUGUGAGCUGCAUGCAUUAAAAAUUUUAUAUAAUAAAAACAAAAUACAAAGAAUCCUAUUUGUCAGCAAAGAAAAAACGGAAAAUUUUCCAUGCUGAA